AUGAGGAGUCUCGCGCUGCUGUUAGGAGUAAAAGCCGCGUGCAUCCUGCUGGUGUCCUCGCUCUCAGGCACAGUGGCCGUCAACAACAGCGGCCGGUGGUGGGGCAUUGUCAAUGUUGCAUCCUCAUCCAACCUCCUGACCAAUUCAAAGAACGUGCAGUUGGUCCUUGACCCAAGCCUGGCCCUACUGAGUCGACGCCAGCGCCGGCUGAUUCGGCAGAAUCCUGGCAUCUUGCAUGCCAUCGCCGCUGGGCUGCACACUGCCAUAAAGGAGUGCAAGUGGCAGUUCCGCAACCGGCGCUGGAACUGCCCGACCACCCACAGCCCAGCAGUUUUUGGCAAAAUUGUCAAUCGUGGUUGCCGAGAGACAGCAUUUGUAUUUGCCAUUACCAGCGCAGGGGUGACCCAUGCUGUGGCUCGCUCCUGCUCAGAGGGGGCCAUUGAAUCAUGCACAUGUGAUUAUCGGCGCAGAGGUCCUGGAGGGCCAGACUGGCACUGGGGGGGUUGCAGUGACAAUGUGGACUUUGGACGGAUGUUCAGCCGUGAGUUUGUAGACUCCAGUGAGAGAGGCAGAGAUCUGCGGUACCUCACCAACCUUCACAAUAAUGAGGCUGGCAGAAUGACUGUAUCAUCAGAGAUGCGUCAGGAGUGUAAGUGUCAUGGCAUGUCUGGCUCCUGCACCGUGCGUACCUGUUGGAUGCGCCUGCCAAGCUUUCGCACUGUUGGAGACUUCCUUAAAGAUCGGUUCGAUGGAGCAUCCAGGGUUGUUUAUGCCAACAAGGGAAGCAACCGUGCCUCUCACAGAGCCGACCCCCGACACCUGGAGCCUGAAAACCCGGCCCACAAACCCCCCUCUGCCAUGGACCUGGUAUAUUUUGAGAAAUCACCAAACUUUUGCUCGUACAAUGGCAAAACAGGCACCCUGGGAACUUCUGGGAGAACAUGCAACAGCUCUUCUCUGGGCCUGGACGGAUGCGAGCUGCUCUGCUGUGGACGGGGGUUUAAGACUCGGACCGAGAGUGUGACUGAACGCUGCCACUGCACCUUCCACUGGUGCUGUCACGUCAGCUGCUUGAACUGCACCAGCACACGGACAAUACACCAGUGUCUAUGAUCACAGGUUGACAACUAAGUGAAUAUUAAGUCAAAGAACUUCUUAGCAAAACAGGUAGCUGGCUGAGAAAGCCACUAGCAAGGAGGUGUUAUAAGGUUUUAAAUAGACACUAGAAAAACCUUCAAGGCGGGUAAACUGAUACAGGGAACUCUCUGGCACAAAAUUCAAUCAGUGGUUUUAAAGGGCGACGUGAAGAAAAGCACAAAUAUAUUAACAGGGUAAAGAGGGAGUAUGUGUGCUUGCUCCUUGCUUUUUGAUCCUGAAAAGUAUUGCCACAACUGUUCAUACAUAAGAUGCUCAUUCACAAGGAGGCAGAAAAAAAAACGAAGCAGCGAAAAAGCAAUUGCUAUAUCCAAGCACUACAACAGCCUACGUCUUCAUCAGUUGAACAUAUGUUUUCAUGGCAAGACAGCCACAAACAAAGAUAUUAGAAAAAACAAUCUGUUAUAGUUUGGCCUCACUUACGUGAAGUUUCACGCGAUGGGGCUGAGCUUGUUUCCGACUUGUGUACGUAGGCCCUGGAUGCAGGCCCAUCCUCUUGUUAUUUCCUCAACACAUUUGCCCAAUUGUCUUUUUAGAUUUCUGCAGAGAUGAAUUCACUUUAAUCCUGGCUUGCCACUCUGACUCACCACAGGUGAUCCUGAGGUUACAUGACUAGGACGAGUCCUUUUCAAGGAAAACAGAAACGUACUGAACAAAUCUUACUGAGGCAAUGUAAUAUGAAUGUAUUUUCAUUACACUGAAUAGUAUGGCAUGGCUAUGUGUCGAUUGCCAAAUGUGAGGGGUCAGUACUUUACAAUGAAUUAAAUGUGAUCUGUAGAAUCACUGCGUUAUCGAACGUAGUGCAGUAAAAAAACAUACAUCAUAGUAAGAAAAAGACACUACAUUGCUGCCAAAACAUGAGUGUAGCAGGUUUAAAGUAGGCAAAUGAAGUUUAUCUUCAGGCAAGGCUGUAAGAAUACAGCCACUGCAAAAGAACUUAUACUGUAUAUCAGCUAGGAGAACCAAAAUGCUGUAAAUAUUAAAAUAUAUGAAUAUAUUUAUAAUGACGAAAUUUAAAUUUGUGGGGGUUUAUGGGCCUGUCGCUGGCUUGAGAACGCUCUAUCAUUAUUGUCCAGUCAGGAAAUGCUUUGACUUCAUGCCUUUUUCUAUUUUGGUGUAGUAAUGUAGCAGACACAAAACCGACUAACUAGAAACCCAACCUUUUCGCGUCCUCGCUUGUUUCCUGUAAAAACAUUUUUGUUUGUUCUUGCACUGAAUAUUUACCUUUUUUGAAUUAGUGUAAAUAAAAAAUAUUUA